AUGGUUGAGUUUAUUAUUGAGGUGGUAAAAGCUUGUCCUCAUGCAAUGAUUAGUGUAGAUGGCAACGGAAGGAACCUAUUUAUGUCCUCGAUUGCAAACAGGCAAGAAAAAGUGUUCAGCCUUUUCUAUGGACUGGAAGCAGAAAAAGCACGAUUUGUUUGCAUCGAAGAUUGCUCUGGAAAUACAAUGUUACAUUUGGCAGCAAAACUAUCACCUCCUUCUCAACUAGCUCGGAUCUCUGGUGCAGCUCUACAGAUGCAAAGAGAACUACAAUGGUACAAGGAAGUGGAAAGCAUUGUGGAUCCUAGAGACAAGGAUCAUCGUAAUAACAACAAUCAGACAGCCAGGGAAUUAUUUACGUCUGACCAUAAGGACUUGCUAGUGGAAGGAGAGCAAUGGAUGAAAGAAGCAGCAACUUCUUGUACAGUUGUGGGUGCUCUCAUCAUUACAAUCAUGUUUACUGUCGCAUUUACUGUUCCCGGCGGCAACGAUCAACAGACCGGCUAUCCGGUUUUUAAAGACAAGGAAUCUUUUACAGUUUUUAUAGUAGCGGAUGCAGUCUCUCUCUUUUCUUCAUCAACAUCAGUGUUGAUGUUCUUAGGAAUUCUUACGUCGCGAUACGCAGAGGAAGAUUUCCUUAAAUCCUUGCCCACUAAGUUAAUUAUCGGCCUUUCCAUGCUUUUCUUCUCUAUUGCAGCCAUGAUGGUAACCUUCUGUUCUGCUCUUGUAAUUAUGUUGGAUGGGAGACUGCAACUUAUAAUUCCAAUUGUACUGCUUGCCUCUAUCCCUGUAACUUUUUUCAUGUUGUUGCAAUUUCCCCUCCUAGUGGAGAUUUUUGUAUCCACAUAUGGACCAGGAAUCUUCAACAGAAAAAUGAAACGCUGGCACUGAUUAAUGGUUGCUAUUUUGACUGCUGCAUCUCUUUGUAAAAGGCUAUAUAAGCCUGCUGUUUGUGAUGAAUAAACAAGAGACUUCUCAUUCAA